AUGGCAGCCAAGCAAGCAGCAGAGAAGCUCAUCUCCGAGAACCUGAUCGCGGUCUUCAGCAAGAGCUACUGCCCUUACUGCCGCCAGGCCAAGCAGGUCAUCUCUUCGCUCGGCCUCCCAUCCAACAAGGUCGGCAUCGUUGAGCUCGACCAGAUGAACGACGGCUCUGACAUUCAGGCCUACGUGACCGACAAGACGGGCCAGCGCACCGUCCCCAACAUCUUCAUCAACGGCAAGCACCUCGGUGGCUGCUCUGACAUCCUCGAGGCUGAGAAGUCCGGCGAGCUCAAGAAGCUCGUCGCUGCUUAG